GGGACCGGCACUCCGGGAGUCAAGCGGUAGGAUUUCGCUGUCCGGGGUGACCUAAGCCACCUGAAAUGUCAAUACCUCGUUCGUCUGUCCAUGCCAAAUGGAUCGUGGGGAAAGUGAUUGGGACAGCAAUGCAAAAAACUGCUAAAGUGAGAGUAACUAGGCUUGUUCUGGAUCCCUAUUUACUAAAGUAUUUUAAUAAGCGGAAAACCUACUUUGCUCACGAUGCUCUUCAGCAGUGCACAGUUGGGGAUAUUGUGCUUCUCAAAGCUUUACCUGUUCCACGAACGAAACAUGUGAAACACGAGCUGGCUGAGAUCAUUUUCAAAGUUGGACAAGUCAUAGAUCCAGUCACCGGAAAACCCUGUGCAGGAACUACCUACCUGGAGAGUCCAGUUGGUUUGGAAACCACGCAUCUAACCAAAAAUCUGGAAGAACUCAGUGUCUCUUCAGAACAGUGAAGGAAUAUUAGAAAAUGGGCCAAAGGGAAAGGUUUAUAAGUUUGCUCUCUGGAAAAAGAAAUUGUAUAAGUUUCAUCACAAACUGAUCAGUUUCUCUUCUGGUGUUUAUGAAAUAGCUAAAAGUAAAUAAAUAAAGGGUUUGUUAUAAUUUUCUUAAAAGGUUUAUGGCCAUGUGUCAAAUUUCCUGUUCAGUGAACAUACUUUCUUGUUAUACUAAAUGUGCCUAGCAAUCUGCUGCAUUAUUUUUUAAACUCACUGUUUUAGAUGUGUUUUUCUUUUCAUUCAAAGGAAUCUUGAAUUUAUUUUUGGAAACUUUAUUUUGGGAGCAGAAACCCUUUUGAUACCAUAAACAGAUAAGAUCACAUUGAGUGAAUGUUUUCGAUGGUGUAUAUUCAAAAUUAAUUUGAUUUUUUUUCUCUGAUUUAACCAGUUCCAAACAGAAAUAACCAACAUGCUUGGGGGUCAGACUCUUAUCAGAUGAAGUUUUAAUUAAUUAGAAUGUUGACACGUAGAAAAUAAAACUUUAAAAUUCU